GCUCGGCCUGGCCUUAUUUAUUUGUACGCCCAUAUAUGGUAGUAAGUCAGACCAAAGAUUUUAAGGCACAGAUCAAUAGCCAAGAUACUCAGCUUUCCUCAGACGCCCUGCUUUUGCAGAUAGGGGCUACCGUUCUCAUACCUACUGAAUUGAAUAAAAACAACAAAUAGGGUUCCCAAAUAUUUAAGAGGGUAUUUUACUGUAUUUACAGUGCCUUCGGAAAGUAUUCAAAAUGACAAAGCAAAAACUUGUUUUUAGAAACGUUUGCUAAUCUAUAAAAAAUGUCAAACUGACAUACUACAUUUACAUAAGUAUUCAGACCCUUUACUCAAUACUUUGUUGAAGUACCUUUGGCAGCGAUUACAGCAUCGAUUCUUCUUGUUCUUCAAGCUUCUUCUUCAAGCUUGUAUGACGCUACAAGCUUGGCACACCUGUAUUUGUGGAAUUUCUCCCAUUCUUCUCUGCAGAUCUUCUCAAGCUCUGUCAGGUUGGAUGGGGAGCGUUGCUGCACAGCUAUUUUCAGGUCUCUCCAGAGAUGUUCGAUCGGGUUCAAGUCCGGGCCACUCAAGGACAUUCAGAGACUUGUCCCGAAGAUACUCCUGCAUUUGGGCUCCCGGGUGGCGUAGCGGUCUAAGGCACUGUAUCUCAGUGCAAGAGUCGUCACUACAGUCCCUGGUUUGAAACCAGGCUGAAGCAAAUCGUCCAGGUUUGGUAGGCCGUCAUUGUAAGUAAGAAUUUGUUCGUAACUGACUUGCUUAGUUAAAGGUUAAAUAUUUCAAAAUUCAAAAUUGUCUUGGCUGUGUGCUUAGAGUUGUUGUCCUGUUAGAAGGUGUAUUUAAACCCUCAGUUCUUUGCUUUGUGUUUGAAUGUUAGCACCCAGCCCCAGUGAUUCUGUGAACAUUUGUUACUCCAGUUGGACUCUCUUGUGGUACUCUGUUUUUGUUCUCGUUGAUUUAUUUUUGAUUAUCCUUUGAGGCUUUUCUGCUGUACCUACCACCUUGUGGAGUUACCUUUUGACUUGGAGGAUUACCUUUGUUCUCUUGGAAUUACUUUUGACGUUGUGGAUUUAUAUUUUUGCCUGAACUUCCCUUUUUACUUUAUUAACACCGUUUCCAGUACUGCUGUGUCUGCCUCAUCUUCUGGGUUCAGCUGACUAUUAGUGGCUCAGUUUGCUAAGUGACUGUUUCUCACACCGGAGACCCAAGUUCGUAACCGGGUCCUGACAAUAACUAAUAGUAACUACAAUAGUGAAAUCAAAUGAUUUAUUUUAAUUGUUUAUCAACUAAUUAAUGAUUGCAAUCAAUCAUUGUUUCAUAUACAGUAUCUGCUGUUACCAUGAACUGUUGAGUAAUGUUCAUUCUAUAAAUUGCACUACUUUAAUUAUUUUUAUUUUACCCCCUUUUUCUCUCCAAAUUCUAACUUGUCUCAUAGCUGCAACUCCCAAACGGUCUUGGGAGAGGUGAAGGUUCAUGUGGUCUUGGAAACAUGACCCAUGUAACCGCGCUCCUUAACACUCCCCAGUUUAAGCCAGCCACACCAAUGUGUCAGAGGAAACACCGUUCAACUGGCGACCGGGGUCAGCAUGCAGGAGUCGCUAGGGCGCGAUGAGCCAAGUAAAGCCCCUAACCCAGACGACGCUGGGCCAAUUGUGCACCGUCCUAUGUGACUCCCGGCCACGUCCGGUUGUGGCCCUGGAGUUAAGCCGGGUCUGUAGUAAAGCCUGUAGCACUGAAAUGCAGUGCCUUAGCCCACUGAGCCACUUGGGAGGCCCAGUUCACUACUUUUGACCAGGGCCCAUAGAUUUCUGAUCCAAAAUAGUGCACUUUAGGGAAUAUGGUGCUAUUUGGGACUUAGUCUGGGUUUGUUACAUAGGGUUCAUUCUGUUGCUUUAUCCACGUCCAGUCAUUCUGGUAUGUAUGGUUUUGAUUACAUAUAGAUAUAGCCAGCCAAUGUAAAUGGAUGGCAUUUACAUGGUUUGUCUCCUGUCUAUCAUUGUUUGCCUAUUAUGUUAUUUGUUGUUUUACUGUCAUGCCCUGGCAAUAUAUAGCUCAGUGUUGAAAACACCCUGAUGAAGGCUUUAAUACUGAAACACUUUGGCUGCAUCCCAACUGGCACCCUAUUCCCUGGCCUAUAUAGUGCACUGCUUUUGACCAGAUCCCUAUAGGCCCAGGUCAAAAGUAUUUAACUGCAUAGAGAAUAGGGUGCCAAUCAUGAAUACCUUUUAUUGACCCUCCAUGACUAUAUAUUAUCAUGUCAGCUAUGUAAUUAUACUGGAUUUGAUCGAGAAGUUACAGGCCUUCACUGUUGCACAUGCCCAGCUUCCACCACUGAGUGUCAGCAGUGAGCCACAAACUUAACAAAGUGUUCCUAUUAGGCCCCCAUUGAACUAUGCAAAGCAAGACAGUUGUGAUGUCCCUGUAAAGUUACUGCAGGAACACAGUAGAAUUAUAUUUCUAUGAAGUGUAUGAGUGUUUCAAACUUUAGUGUCAGUGACUUCACAGUACUAUGUGUUGCUUGCUGCCAUAGAAAUGGAAUUCUUCAUUCUAAUUCUAUAGUACUAGUUCUAAUUCUACCACUUAAGUUGCUUUUCUUUAGUGAGUAGUUAACAAGUUUAUCUUCCCAUAUUAGAAGGUUGUAUAUUGUUCCUGCCAACAUUUCCCAGUAGACAUUAAAACAGCUGCCAUGGAGUUAUGCAUUUGUAUAGCCUCAUAAUGCUUUGGGGUUGAAACAACUUAGGUCAAUCUCUCUCCAUCUCUGUUUCAGUAAAGUUAGCUAUGGAAAAGGCAGUUAGGGCCCUGUCUUUCCCACUGUUUGUCCGGCUCCUGUCUGUCCCCAGCCUUCUAUGUCUCCUGUCCCUGCUGUGCUGUGUCCCUGCGGGGAGACCCUGUCUGCAGUGUGACCGCAGGGUCAGGCUCCUCCAUGAAGACUACCUAUUGGCUGCUGCCUCUGCCACCAUAGAGGAUCAGAUAGAACUGAAGAAGAUUCUAGACUACGCCUACGUCACCUACACAACCACCAGCAACCAGUAUAGCGGAGUUAUUGACCCGACCACCCUCUACAGGGCCAGUACAGAAUACCAGAGUGAGUUUGACCGUUUCCAGGGAAGCCAACUCACAGGGCCUCUGACAUUUGAGGCUAUUCAAAUUCUGGAGAAAGGCAGGAAAAUUCUCGAGAAACACCUGCAGACUUUUGUCCAGAAAGGUCUCUGCCCAAACAAAUGUGGGUUGCUGUAUCAGAGAGUAAUGAACUGCCUUUCCUGUCAGUACAUGCUGCACACCUGCCCCUCUACCACUCAGGACUGCGGGGAGUAUCCAGUGGAGGCAGCAGAGGGGGGACAGGCAGUGUUGGACUGUUUCCUCCCCUGGCAUAGUCUAGUUGUGGGACGGACAGAUUAUCACUACACCUGGGCUCCAGGGACGCAAAGGACUGCAAAUCUGACAGAGGGUGAUUUCAGAGUGCUGGUGGUUACUGAGGAUUCCUCUGUGGUGCUGAACCAGCUGCAUGUCGAUGAGGAGGGCACGUACCGCUGCCUCCUAACGGAUGGCAAAGGAACUGUCCUUUCACGCACACACUUCCUGCUCACUGUCACCCCGUCACCUGUCCCGACUCCCAGAUCUCUCCUCACCCUGCCCUCCCUCCCUCCUAGUUAUGAUGCCUCCCCCAUUUCUCACCCUCCCACUGACCUCCUGCUGGUCAUCAUCAUCAUGGUUACUGCCCUGAGUCUGACGGCCAGCCUAGCCCUUGCUAUUGCUUUUGGAUUGAUGACUCUGAGACAACAGAGAGAAGAGGAGGAGAGGGAAGGGAAGAGAUGAUGACAGAGGAACAAGAAUGUGACUGAUGUAGAAUAUGAGAAGGGAUGGACAAGAUUUUGAGUUUGAAAAAAACCCACAAAAAAGUUAAGAGAAAAGGUGUAAAUGAAUACUGACACUGUUAAUAACUAUCUCAGAGAGUGUAGCACACACACAUCAUUUAAUUUAAUUCACUUGAUUGACCUUAAUAAGGUUUUCUGAACGGAGAGAAGAUUAUAGACACAUUAUAGACACGUGGGAUAGGAUGAAAAGAGGGAGGAUGUGAGGAGUGAGGGAUGGAGGUAAAACUCCUAGAUUAGACUUUUUCAGAUUAAUAUUCCCAAACGUUAACCUAAUUCUAGAUAAUCCACUGUGGGAGCAGGGGGG